ACAGCCAGUGAUCGUCUUAGGUCGCUUAGUAAGCCCUCAGGAAUGAAACGAGGAUGUGCCGGUGUGUGAGGUGAAAGAAGCUGCGCGCGCCUCCACUCUUCCGUCCUCGUUCUCUUUUCGGUUGUCCUGGAUCAGCGGCACGAGAUUCUCAGCGGAGAAAGCGCCGUGACUUCUCGACACUCAGCCGUCUGUACAAUCACCAAGCGAAAUGACUUUUAGUCUUGCUUCGGUCUUCGUUCUCUUCCAACACUCGAUACGCGUAAAAACGUAGACGAUCGGCAUCGAUAGCGCACAUAAAUAUAAUAAAUAGGACAUAAAGGAAGAAAGGCAGCAGCGAAGAUUGGAUAGAUAAAGCAUUCUUAUAAAUAAUAAAUAAUUAUACGUAAUACAACUACGAAAUAACAAGAAAAGAUGUCAAUGCUCAUGUCAAUAGCGUUUUGGUUGUUAGUCAGCUUAAUUAUUUUUUGGAUUUUACUUGGACCAGUUACGAAUGUUCUGCGUUCUCUAUGGGAAAUUAUUAUGCAAAUGUACAAUAGAAAACCUGUCGAUUUAAAAACAAAAUUUGGCGAAUGGGCUGUUGUCACUGGCUCAACUGACGGUAUUGGCAAAGCUUAUGCUAAAGAAUUAGCAAAAAUAGAUAUGAAUUUGAUUUUAAUUAGCAGAAAUUUAGAAAAACUUAAAUCGACGAAAAAAGAGAUACUACAAAUAAAUUCAAAAAUUGAGAUUAAAGUUAUAGAGGCGGAUUUCACUGAAGGAGAAAAUGCUUUUCUCAAGAUUCGUCCUCAGUUGCAAGAUGUAUCCAUCGGCAUACUAGUCAAUAAUGUGGGUAAGCAAUAUGAAUAUCCCAUGUACGUUGGAGAGGUACCUGAGAUGGAACUGUGGGAUAUUAUCAAUGUAAAUGUGGGUGCGACUACGUUAAUGACGCGACUAGUCAUCGGACAGAUGCAGCAACGUGGACGAGGCGCGAUUGUCAACGUCUCUUCCGGAUCUGAGUUUCAACCUUUGCCGUUAAUGACGGUAUACGCCGCUACAAAAGCGUAUGUAAAGAACUUUUCCGAUGCACUCAGAGCGGAGUACUCCAGAUACGGCAUCACCGUUCAUCAUCUGUCGCCUCUUUUCGUCAGUACCAAAAUGAACGCGUUCAGUCAUAGGCUUCAGAUUUCAAGUCUAUUUGUGCCUGAUGCUACAACUUAUGCAAGAAACGCUAUUGCAAUUCUUGGUAAAAUGGAUAGUAGUACUGGAUACUGGGCACAUAGUAUUCAAAAGCUCUUCACUUUAAUACCGCCUGUAUGGUUUAGGACGAAAGUUGGACAAAUGAUCAACGAGAAUUUAAGGCAAGAAUAUUUCCAACAAAAAGCACAAAAAGAUUACUAUAAAAAUUAGUGUAUUGUUACACAUUUUUGCAUUUUUUAGAAUAAUUUUGUGAACUAAUAUACAUAGAAUAAG